GACUGUGAGAAGCAGAGGAGAAUGAAUGGUCAUGUAAAGAAAAUGCAUUUUCAACAAUUUCUGGAAACAGCAGCAACGUUACUCUACUUCCUGCUGCUUCUGCCUGCUAAUUCAACAAGAGGUGUGGCGGCAAGCCGAAACCAUCAUUGCGGGAAGGAUCUGCAACCGACUAUGAAGCUCACCAAACUCAUCCAAAAGAAAACUGCUAAUCUAACCAAAGAAUAUAUAGCUUCUCAAGGCGAUGGUUUCCAGCAAGAUUUCUGCAAGGCUUCAAUGAGCGGCAUCCCUGACCCCAACAUCUCCGGGCUGGAGCCCUCAGAGAGGAUAGCGAGCAUCCACACACAACUCCAAGCCUUCCUCCCUCAUUUGAAGCAAGUGCAGGAGCAGCAAGGAAACUUACAACCCCCCAAGAGCCAGCUUGUGGAUCAGCUCGGCAGGGUUACAAAACAAAGUGGGAUGCUAGCUAAUCGUGUGGAGGCUUUUUAUAAAAGCCUCUUCCCAAACCGGCCGCUACCAGAUCCAUCAGGUGGACCGACAACACUACCCUCACCGCAAAACGUCUUCCAGCAGAAGGUCUACGGCUGCGUGGUCCUGACCACCUACAAGAAGCUCCUGUCGAACAUUCUGAACGAGCGAAAGACUCUGAAAAGCAAAGUCUGCAGAACGAGAAAGCAAACGAAUGCAAUGAACUUCUAUAGAUGA